GCUACGCGGCAGAGAACUGGAGCUUCGGCGCGGGAAGGCAGGCUCGUUCAGUGUGCGGCGCCGUCUCAGCCCAGCGGUCUGUCUUUCACGGGUCUUCAAGCCUUCAGUCAAGAUGAGUGAUAAGCCAGACUUGUCCGAAGUGGAGAAGUUUGACAGGUCAAAACUGAAGAAAACUAAUACUGAAGAAAAAAAUACUCUCCCCUCGAAGGAAACUAUCCAGCAGGAGAAAAAGUGUGUUCAAACAUCGUAAAAUGGGCAUCUCCUCCCAAGAUCAAAUUUCACUACUGCCAGAAUGUCUUGGUUUUAAGCUUGUUUUUUGUAAACCUUUGUGUUGUAAAGAUUUUAGGUGUCUUCUGAUGUCUUUUCACCCAUACUCCCUGGCUAAGAGGUCAGGGGUAGCCAAUGUUCCCUUAAGUUCAUUUUUAAACUUCCAUUGGUGCAUAAAUUCCAGCUGGCAGAUGCUGUCAAUAAUCUCACCAUCAGUGACCUUUGUUUUUGUAGUCCUUGAAUCCCCAAAGGAUAAGCCACUUUUAAAUUUAUACGGUGAAUGUGUUGAUUGUUCCAUAAUCUUCAUGGAGUGGCAUGCGUUUGCAGCUUCUCACAAGUUUAUUUUCAUUUCUAAUGUAGUGAUAAAAUAAUAAAUAUAAUCAUUAUGUUGAGA